AAUUUCAUCAAAGCUUGAUCAAGAAAACUAUCUUCCUUCAUGCAUUAUCCUCAACAACGGGGAGUAUAAGACCUUCAUCGCUGUUGCAAGCUUCCAACUCUGUAUCAUCACUCCAGAAAGUUGAUCGGGCCCGUGACAACCAAAAUUUUGUGCAUGCUUCAGCUAAAUUUGAGUUUCACCGGCCCAGAUGAUCCACCGGCAAAAUCUCCACCGGAGGUCUCAACAGCGCCACCAUUUCACAAGCCGGGUAUCCCACCAGAGGUGCCACGGAGGCCCAAUGUCCCUGAUUUUUGGGCCGUCAAUACCACAAGAGUCUUAUGGAGCAUACGUGGGCUAUUAAGUACUCGUCACACGGCAGUCGGCCUCUUUCACUCAAGAAUUUGGUGACAAGGGGAAGAAUAAAAUAGAGUGAUUCUCCUUGGAGCAGUCCCUCAAACUCAGGGAACCUAGUUUAUCCUUUUGCAAUUCCUGGAUAACUAUUUGGAGUUGGAAUUUAGAUUGAAAACAUAAAAAACAGGCAAAAUUGGACAAAUAGUGGAACAUGGCCGUCUCAGACGUACAAAAGUAUUUGUUAGCAAUUAGAUGAUUACAAAGUUCCCAUUGCUCCUACCUAUAAAUAUCAUUCCUCUGCCAUACCCUUGCAAUAAUACUGAACCCUCCUCUUGACCAAUCAUUGGUCUUAAUAUUUUCUGAUAUUCCUAGGCAAAUAUCAUGGGGGUGACAUCUUACACCGAUGAACACACUUCGCCUGUUGCCCCAUCAAGAAUUUUCAAGGCUUCAAUUGUUGACUCCCAUACCUUGAUUCCAAAACUCCUACCACAAGUAAUCAAAAGCAUGGAUAUCAUUGAGGGUGAUGGAGGUGCUGGGAGCAUAAAGCAGAUUACUUUUGCAGAAGGUAGCAACUUCAAAUCUAUCAAGUAUCGCAUCGAUGAACUGAAUGAUGAUGCAUUAACAUACAGCUACACAUUGGUCGAAGGGGAUGCAUUGAUUGACGAGCUUGAGAAAAUAACAUAUGAGAUCAAGUUUGAGAAGGGACCUGAUGGUGGUUCCAUUUCUAAGGUGACAAGCAAAUACUACACUCGGGGGGAUUUCAAGCUCAAUGAGGAUGAAGUCAAGGCCGGCAAAGAAAAGGUCUUGGGCAUGUACAAAGCAGUUGAGGCCUAUCUCCUCCAGAAUCCUGAGGCCUAUGCGUAAAUGAGCAUCUCCCAAAUUAUAUGCUCUUCCUGAUCAUGCUCACAAGUCUUGGUGCUCUUGCUGUCUUCUGUCUGGCUUUUGCCACCUAUAAUCGGCAUAGUCGCUCGCCUGGCUAAUCAAUAAUGAUCUUACCUACUUUCACUGUUGUGGGUUGAUUAUGGAUCAUCUGCUGUAAAAUUUGUGUUUGUGGUUUGCCUCAUGGGAUUAACUAGUGAUUUCUAUAAAAUCUCAUGCUUGAGUUCAGAUUUCA